GUCUGCACUCUUUGUUCAUCUCUUGUACUAUGUCCGCAGUCUCUGGUCAUCUCCUAUACUGUGUCCACAGUCUCUGUUCAUCUCCUGUAGUAUGUCUGCAGUCUCUGGUCAUCCCCUGUACUGUGUCCGCAGUCUCUGGUCAUCCCCUGUACUGUGUCCGCAGUCUCUGGUCAUCUCCUGUACUUCUCUGGUCUGUAGUAUGUCCGCAGUCUCUGGUCAUCCCCUGUACUGUGUCCGCAGUCUCUGGUCAUCCCCUGUACUGUGUCCGCAGUCUCUGGUCAUCCCCUGUACUGUGUCCGCAGUCUCUGGUCAUCCCCUGUACUGUGUCCGCAGUCUCUGGUCAUCCCCUGUACUGUGUCCGCAGUCUCUGGUCAUCCCCUGUACUGUGUCCGCAGUCUCUGGUCAUCUCCUGUACUGUGUCCGCAGUCUCUGGUCAUCUCCUGUACUGUGUCCGCAGUCUCUGGUCAUCUCCUGUACUGUGUCCGCAGUCUCUGGUCAUCUCCUGUACUGCGUCGGCAGUCUCUGGUCAUCUCCUGUACUGCGUCGGCAGUCUCUGGUCAUCUCCUGUACUGCGUCGGCAGUCUCUGGUCAUCAUCUCUGUACUGCGUCGGCAGUCUCUGGUCAUCUCC